AAAUAAAAACAUUGUCGGUGGAUUCAUGGAUUUUUGAUGUACUGCCAAGCUAAGCUAAGGUUGUCACUUUUUUACACCAACUCCUCUCUCUCUCUUUCUCUACAGCUUAAGCUUAUCCCUCUCCCACUUGUUGCCUCUGCCGUAUGUUAUAGCCAAAAGUGAGUGAGAGAGAGAGAGAAACACAAACAGAAACAAAAACAAGCCAACUUAGAGAGAGAGAGAAGAUGAACGGUGGUGAAUUACACGGUGCUAUUGAGAUGCAGUACAUAAGGAGGCAUCACAGACAUGAACCGAGGGAGAACCAGUGCACCUCUGCACUUGUCAAACACAUAAGAGCUCCUGUUCACCUUGUGUGGUCGCUGGUUAGAAGAUUUGAUCAACCCCAGAAAUAUAAACCAUUUGUCAGCAGGUGUAUCAUGCAAGGGGACCUUGGCAUUGGAAGCGUUAGAGAAGUCAAUGUUAAAUCUGGCCUUCCAGCCACAACAAGUACUGAGAGGUUGGAGCAAUUUGAUGAUGAGGAACACAUUCUUGGUAUCAGGAUUGUUGGAGGUGACCAUAGGCUGAGGAACUAUUCUUCCAUAAUCACGGUCCAUCCAGAGGUCAUUGACGGGAGACCUGGCACAAUGGUGAUUGAAUCAUUUGUGGUAGAUGUGCCUGAUGGGAACACCAGGGAUGAAACUUGUUACUUUGUGGAGGCUUUGAUCAGGUGUAACCUAAGCUCUUUGGCUGAUGUCUCUGAGAGGAUGGCCGUGCAGGGUCGAACCGAUCCCAUCAACCAUUAAACGUGUCUAGGGGAGAAUGAAGUUGGGUUCAUACAAUUAUAUGAUCCAUUGCUUUCUGAUCCUAGUUCAGAUGUGGACAUUGGUUGGAGUAUUCCUUCCAUUUUCCCAGAAGUUUUGGAUGUUUUUUCCCUGUAUCAUGGAUACAUCCCCCUACCAUUCCUCGUGCAUUUUUAGCUGUGUAAUCACUCUUUUUAACAGCUAAGUUUCUCUUCUUCAAUUUUUGUAAGAUGAGAUUCUGGGCAUCAUGAGCACACAGGGAUGGGAGGGGGAAGUUUUUACCUGCUAUAUUCUUCCUGGAUUUUGCGGAUGGUGUGUUACUGCAGUUAUUUGUAAAUAUUUUUGUUGGAAAAAGACAGUUUUUCUUUUCAUGUUCAGUAGCAACUUGCCAGAUUUAUGUGCUGGCAAAAGAGGACCCCAAGCAGUGGAUGCUAGUGCCUUGUUACUUUCUCAUAAAUAGUGUAGCUUUUGUAAGUUAUCUAUUCUCCUUGUUUAGGACUGUGUUUGGAACACUGAAUCAAAUUGGUUUUGCAUCUGGCUCUCGGUUGGCAUUAUGCACCUUGCUUUGAGGAACUUCAAAGA